UCAAGUCAGCUGGGAACACAUACACAACAUUCACGGGCAAGGUAAUUUCAACUAACUCAAAUUUCCUGAAGGAUGAAUGGUCCAAAGAACGCACUUUAUGUGAUCAUUUUGUCUGCUGUCUUGAGCUGCUACUUGGCAUUUUCAGAGGGUGAGGAUGACGACGCCUUGACAUCAGAUCGUUUUGUAGACGAUGUUAUUGAAAAAAUUAUGGACCACAAGAACGAUCCCAAUCCAAUGAUAACCAAGCGUUCGUAUCAAGGAGAGUGUAACGACCUGCUAAAGUUCCCCGAAACUACAAAUAUCCAGACAGUGAACAACAACAGGACAGUGGAUGCUGCAAAUGACUUUGCCAAUAUUGUACCCUGCGCGCCACGGAAGUUUCCCAUAAAGAUUCCUGCUGACAUUAACUUAAAUAUUUUCCCAACUGUCGUGGACUUAAAAAGAUGUUUCGGGGAGACGUAUUCUAGACACAGUGUUUGUGUUGCUCAACAAAAAGAGAGAGUAAAAGUCUCUUACAGGGACACAAAAACUAAUCAAAUCGGUCAUGUCCAAAUGUGGGAACACACUCAGUGCGGCUUAGAAUGUAUUGUGAAACAASAAGACUGUAACAAAGAUCAAGUCUUCGAGAACUGCGAAUGCAAAUGUACCUUGCCUURCAAUACAACCUGCUCUGAUAACAACAAGACCUGGCAUGAGCARGAGUGUGCAUGUAUAUGCUCAACUGUUCAGGAUUGCCCUCUCUACCAAGAAUUUAAUCGGGAAACCUGCUCUUGCGAGUGUGCCAAGUGCAUCCGMGACAUGUGCACGAAGGCAAACUACGUGUUGGACACAAAUACUUGUCAAUGUGUCAGUAGUAGUGGUUAGUUAGAAGUAUUUCAGGGAACUUCAAAAAAGUAAUGUGUCAAYAGGUAUAACAAUAUAUGACAAACUUUUUAGUGUAUUUGUGUUCUUUCAGCGGCGAUAGUGCCGACUUGUGGUGUCUUUUCGUACUGAUCUUUUAUCAUCACUUUCUCCUGAAACCAGUCAUUAAUAAUACGUGCAUAUCAAAUUACAGCCAGUGUAAAUUGUAGAGUAUUGUCGUUUAUCAGUUUGCUGCAGCCCUCAAAUGAACUAMACUGCCAAGUAAUAUCAAAARUAUGCCUUUUUUCACCAACAAAAACUAUUUUCCUGACAUUGCAAAACAAUAAACAAGCUCAAAAAUGACAACUUUUUGGGUUAGUGCCCGAAUUUUCCUCGCUURGGUGCAAAACCACAGGCUCCUCGCGCAACUUGUUUCUUAACAGCGAAAUGGGUUAUUGCCCUAGUUCAUUAUGACGRCACGCCAAAACGCUCUAUUGUUUUAACGCUAAGGAUCAUGGUCACAAGAGAAUCAGAGUGACUGCAUAUCAAAUAAAAUGUACAUGAGCUAUCAUUUAUACAUGAUAUAUAUCAAAACAUGAUUCAUUGAAGUUUUGCUUUAUGUGAAUAUKAAUGCGUCAAAAUUUCCACUGUUUUUGUGCAUCAUUUGCCUAUCUAAACACACUAUGACGUCAUAAUGAAAUAGGGCCGCCCUAUAUUAAUCACGUAGCCAUCGGUAAUCAUGGACGUGCUAGGCUCAAAUAGGGCUCAAAUACUGACUUUUAAAGCAGCCAUUGUUACAAUGUACCACACUUACUGUGCUUUUAUCUUAUCCAAGUAACUGAAGUAAUAAUUUUACGUGUAAUAGAAAUUUUUUCUCGUACAUAAACUUGUAAUCAAAGAUAUAAACAUUGAAUAAAUGAAAACAACGGGUUAAUGUU